GCUUCUGCUAUUCAGCCGGUGCAAGCAGCAGCGGGAGGCAUCGCAGGGCGAGUCCACUUGACGCUAGGUUCUGAAAGCGUGACUGGGACCACCGGCUCAGACCAGAGGUAGCCGCAUAGCCGAGCGGAAGCUGGUGGCACCCGGAGCGGCGGCCGGAGUCCGAGCUCCGCAGGCGGGAAGCACCCGGGAUCGGGGAAAUCCCGGGAGCAGCGCAGCGCGGCGGCGCCUCCCUCACCCAAGGGGCCGCAGCGACGGUCACGGGGCGCGCCGCCACAGCGAGCGACCCAGGCCGGGAUUUCAAACAGACAGCCCAGGCUCCUCCUCCAUUCGCGCCGCCUCACCUGCGGGCAGCGCGGCGCCGCCUCAGCUGGUACAGACGGCACCUGCGCCUCCAGCCUCCCCGGUCUCCGCCCCUCGCCCCCCGGCGCCAGGCCCGGGCCGCGCACCUGGACGUGCGGGGCUGCAGAAGCCCUGCGGCUCCUGGGGUGCUGUGUCUCCGCCAUCGCCCCGGGAGGGCGCAGGUGGAGCAGCCGCGGUUAAGUGCAACCCCGUCCCAGUUGCCGCCGGGUCCCGGGGACAGGGCCGUCCGCGCCCGGGAGGAGCCGCAGCCAGCCAGGCACCAUGAACAGCAGCAGCGCUAACAUCACCUACGCCAGUCGUAAGCGGCGGAAGCCGGUGCAGAAAACUGUCAAGCCAGUCCCAGCUGAAGGAAUCAAAUCAAAUCCUUCAAAGAGGCAUAGAGACCGACUGAAUACAGAACUGGACCGGCUGGCCAGCCUGCUGCCCUUCCCACAAGAUGUUAUUAACAAGCUGGACAAACUUUCCGUUCUUAGGCUCAGUGUCAGUUAUCUCAGAGCCAAGAGCUUCUUUGAUGUUGCAUUAAAGUCCUCCCCAGCUGACAGAAAUGGAGUCCAGGACAACUGUAGAAGCAAAUUCAGAGAAGGCCUGAACUUGCAGGAAGGAGAAUUCUUACUACAGGCACUAAAUGGCUUUGUACUGGUUGUCACUACAGAUGCUUUGGUUUUCUAUGCUUCUUCCACCAUACAAGAUUACCUGGGGUUUCAGCAGUCUGAUGUCAUCCAUCAGAGUGUGUAUGAACUGAUCCAUACCGAAGACCGAGCUGAAUUUCAGCGCCAGCUGCACUGGGCGUUAAAUCCUCAACAGUGUCCAGACUCUGGACAAAGAAUUGAUGAAGCUAAUGGACUCUCCCAGCCAGCCAUGUAUUAUGACCCAGACCAGAUUCCUCCAGAGAACUCUUCAUUUAUGGAGAGGUGCUUCGUCUGCCGACUCAGGUGUCUGCUAGAUAAUUCAUCUGGUUUUCUGGCAAUGAAUUUCCAAGGGAGAUUGAAAUAUCUUCAUGGACAGAACAAGAAAGGGAAAGAUGGAUCGAUGCUUCCACCUCAGUUGGCUUUGUUUGCAAUAGCUACUCCCCUGCAGCCACCAUCCAUACUUGAAAUUCGAACCAAAAAUUUCAUCUUUAGAACCAAACACAAACUCGACUUCACACCUACUGGUUGUGAUGCCAAAGGAAAACUUGUUUUAGGCUACACUGAAGCGGAGCUGUGCAUGAGAGGAUCAGGAUACCAGUUUAUUCAUGCUGCUGACAUGCUCUACUGUGCUGAGUACCACAUCCGGAUGAUGAAGACUGGAGAGAGUGGCAUGACAGUGUUCAGGCUUCUUACGAAAGACAAUCGAUGGGCUUGGGUGCAGUCAAAUGCACGCUUAGUUUAUAAAAAUGGAAGACCAGAUUAUAUCAUUGCAACUCAGAGACCUCUAACAGAUGAAGAAGGAAUGGAGCACUUAAACAAACGCAACAUGAAGUUGCCAUUUAUGUUUACCACUGGAGACGCCGUUCUAUAUGAGAUAAGCAGCCCCUUUCCUUCCAUAAUGGAUCCCUUACCAAUAAAGACUAAAAAUGGUGCUGGUGGAAAAGACACAUCAACUCUAAGUAAGGAGUCCCUCAACCCCAGUUCCCUCCUGAAUGCCAUGAUGCAACAAGACGAGGCUAUCUAUCUCUAUCCUGCCUCAACUAGUGCACCUUUUGAAAGGAAUUUUUUCAGUGACUCUCUGAAUGAGUGCAGUAACUGGCAAACCAGUGUUGUGCCUAUGGGGAGUGACAGUAUCCUGAAACAUGAGCAGAUCAGCCAGUCUCAGGACAUGAACCCAACUCUCUCUGGAGAUCAUGCCAGGCUCUUUGCAGAUAACAGAAACAGUGACUUGUACAGCAUUAUGAAACACCUCGGCAUUGAUUUUGAAGACAUCCAACACAUGCAACAGAAUGAGGAAUUUUUCAGAACUGACUUUUCCGGUGAAGAUGACUUCAGAGAUAUUGACUUAACAGAUGAAAUUCUGACCUAUGUUGAAGACUCUUUAAAUAAGCCUACCUUCGGGUGUUCAGGGUACCCUCAGCAGCCAUCUGUGGCUCUGAACCCUAGCUGUAUGGUCCAGGAGCAGGUCCAGUUAGACCAGCAGCAGCUGCAGCCCCAUCAGAUGCACACAGCAGUGGAGCAGCAGCAACAACUGUGUCAGAAAAUGAAGCAUAUGCAAGUUAACAACAUGUUUGCAAACUGGAACUCUAACCAAUCUGUGCCUUUGAAUUGUCCUCAGCAAGACCUCCAGCAGUACAAUGUCUUUGCAGACUUACCCGGGACUAGUCAAGAGUUUCCCUACAAACCUGAGCUUGAUCCUAUGCCUUACCCCCAGAACUUGAUACCCUGUAGUCAGCCUGGGUUGCCACCACCUCCUCAGGGUACACAGUUAGACUUUCCCAUGGGUAAUUUUGAACCAGCCCCGUACCCUACUACUGCUUCUAAUUUAGAAGAUUUUGUCUCAUGUUUACAAGUUCCUGAAAACCAACAGCAUGGACUCAAUCCACAGUCGGCCAUGGUAGUUCCUCAGACGUGUUACGCCGGGGCUGUUUCAAUGUACCAGUGCCAGCCAGACCCUCAGCACAGCCAGCUGGCUCAGAUGCCGUACAACUCAACCACGCCGGGCUCACAGGCAUUUGUAAACAAGUUUCAGAAUGGAGCAAUUUUAAAUGAAACGUAUCCAGCUGAAUUAAAUAGCAUGAGUAACACUCAGCCUGCCACCCAUCUUCACCCAUCAGAAGCCAGAACUUACCCUGAUUUGACAUCCGGUGGAUUCCUGUAAUUCCAAGCCCACUCCCCACCUUGGUUUUUGAGUAGUUUGUGAAGCAUCACAGAGUAAUAAGACUGUCCUUGUUGGAUGUCAGCAAGUUCACAUGGAGGCAUUGAUGUACGUGUUAUUUUCACUGUUAUAAAAACAUUAAAAUCUGGUUUGUAAUAAGAGGAGUUAUUCACCUAUACUACCAUCAUUAGAAUAGUAUGCUGUCAGAGAGGAGUGAAGUACCAUCUACAGUUUACAGUAUUCUGAAAUAAUACUACAGAAUAUACAGACCCUUUUCAGGGAGAUAUUUUGACAGUUUUAAAUAUGAAAAAUUUUUCUCUGGUGGAAUUACUUCCAUCAGAUUAAAAUAAAAUACUUUGAGUUUUGAACUUGUAGAUUAUUAGUGUACCAAAUAUGAACUAUUUCCUUUUACUUUUAGCUUCUGCUUUUAUCUCAGAGGUUAAAACAAAUGGUUUGGUGCUUGUAUAAAAAGAUAAUCUCAGUAUGCUCCUCCCUCCUUGGUAAUGUAAGUGCCUCACACUUUUUUCUACCUAUAACACUGUAGGGAGUAUAUUUUAUGUAAAAUAUAUAUUUACAUAAAAUAUACUUUUUUCUUUUUAAAAUUAAUACCAUUCUGCACACAAAUAUUAUUGGUAUUUCUUAAAUUCAGUCAUUUUUAUUAAUCUAGGCAUGUUUCAACUGCACUACUCACCCACUUUCUUCAGGUAAAGAGCAAAUAAUGGUUGAAAAGAGAAAUAUUUAUUACUUACUCUAGUUUCUAGAUUUUAAUGUUGCCGUGUGCCUUACGUUGAAAAAUUUUGGAAGUGGAAAUAUCUUCCUAAAUUUUUUUUUUAGUUAUUGUAAGAGAGCAGCACUAAAAUUUCAAGAGUUUUCAGAAGUAAGAGAUAUAUCACCAUUUAGCUUUACUAAAAUCUCCACCUUAAUAGUUGAAUGUUGCCCUGUAAAGAAUCUGCUGUUAAAUGCAACCCUGAGUAUUAACUUAAAAUGAAGAGAAGCAGCUUUAUUUUUAGCUCUUUAAUAAGUACAGCACCCAUUUCAAUAUGUAUAAAUUCUUUAAAAACUGUUUUAGACCUGUAAUCCUUUAAAAUGUAAUAUGUUGACUUUAUAAAUUUCACUUCUUAGUACAGUGGAAACUGUUUUUCUCAUAUUUGAGGAGUGUUAAGAUUAAAUAUAGCAAUGUUUGGUGCAGAGUAUUGGUAUAAGUGAAAAAAUGGUGCAUUGUAUAGUUUAUAAUGAACAAUGAUAUUUGUAAAAUGUUUUCAGUCUUUCAUUUAAAAAUAGUGCAUACCUUAUAUAUGCACAAAAAUAACUUGUUUGGGUCUUAACAUAUUUUAUCACUGUCUUUUUAAGUAAGCAAAUUAAUCAGACCACUAAUAACUUUACCAUCCUUGGGUGACUUAAAAGUGCCACCAUCUGACUUUCUUUCAUUUAAAUAGGACAGCUGAAAGGCAUAGACAUGUUUUGCAUGUAUUAUAUAAAAACACAAUGAAAUCCCAAACUGAAAUAUAGUAUUAAAAUACUAUACUUUUCUUUUUUUAGUAAAUCAAUGUAUAUAAAAGUGACUUCAGACACAAUAGCUAAGUCAGUUUUAUGCAUUUUCCAACAGAAUUUUGAACCUGGACAAUGAAUUCAAGUGUUGAAAAAAAUAAAUUUGUCUAAAACAUUUCAUAAUUUGUUUGUAGCAGGAGGAAUCACUAAAGAUUUAGACCAGAUUAAUAUUCCACUUUUACAUUGAAACCUUUUAUGAAAAGUCUUCAUCUAAAUAAUUUUUGUUAGUCUCUUCCACAUGUUACUGGAUGAACUGUUUGUUUAGUGGGGGAAAAACAGGCUUCUAAACUGUAUGUGAAUAUGUUGACGAUCAAGUAUACACUUAAAAAACUUAAAGCAAUAUUGUAUAUUUUUAUCUAUAUAAAGUAACUAAAAUUUACCUAAUAAUAAAAUCACAUUAAACCCAAUACACCUUUGUCUGUAUUGUUAAGUGCCAAAGGAAGAAUCUUUGUGUAAUGCUAUAUUGAGGGAUUUAUUUUUUGAUGACGUGCACUUCUAAGGAUGUGGCUGUUCCUACUCAGAUCUUUUUCCUAUGCCAGGUUGUUCCUCCAGCACCUGAAGACUUACCAGUGUUCCGGUGUAUUACACAUAGCUUUUAAUCAUUACUCUGCACAAUCUAGUGUUUUUCAGUAUUACUAAAUUUUAGGUAAAUGUUUUCAUGGGUGUUUUCUCCUUCGAGAUGUUACUGCUUACAUAUGCCAUGCAUACAUUUUUGUUUAAAAUAUGAUUUAUAAUAUCCUUAUCAAAAAUUGUAUACAAUAAUUUAUGGUAAUAAAAUAAUCACCAAGUAUGAA